AUGGAACCUAGAGAUGAGUAUAUUCAACGACUAACAUCACUGAUAGAGAUUCAAUCUCAAUUAUUGACGGAAUUUAUAAAUAGAGGAGGAAACGGAAGUGGAAACGGACAAGGGAAUGCUCCACCUGAUUCAUGUGGGGAAAGGUUCAGGCGAUUAAGGCCUCCUGCUUUUGAUGGACAGUCUUCGGAUCCUACUCAUGCUAAGGAGUGGAUCCGAAAGAUUGAGAAUAUGUUUGACUAUGCUCAAAUGGAGGAGGCUCAGAAGGUUCCUUGUGCAGUAUUUCACCUAGAGAAAGACGCCAGUUUCUGGUGGGAAUCAGUUAAGCUCACAGCUAAUACAGGGGGAAUGACGUGGGGGCAAUUCAAGACAGCCUUUUAUGAUAAAUAUUUUAGCCGAACCGUCAAGAUUAACAAGAUGUCAGAAUUUACCCAACUGCGCCAAACUGAAUCAGUGGCAGACUAUAUUCGACAAUUUGAGUCAUUAUCUCGGUUUGCAAGUCACUUAGUUGAUAAAGAGGAAAACAAAGUGUAUCAAUUUGUCCAAGGACUAAAGUUAGAAAUCUAUAAAGGGGUGAGGACUGCUGGAAUUGAUGAUAUGCCUUAG